AAAGCAAAGGCCACGUGACCAUACACGGAAGUGACGCGGGAGCUCAAAACAGUUCAGCAAAGCAUCUGGGAACAAAACACCAGCUAGCUCCAAUUUCAUUUAACAGCAGAGGGACCAGAGCAGAGGCAUACACGGACAGGGACGGCAGAUAUCACAACUUUGAACAGUCGAGAAAAAUGAAUCCAGUUUACAGCCCUGCACCUACGGGUGUCCCCUUUACCAACUCCAAGGGUAUAGGCUAUCCAGCUGGAUUUCCUGUUGGCUAUGCGGCUGCAGCCCAAGCAUACACUCCCAGCUUGUAUGCAGGAGGAAACCCAGCCUUCCCCAGCGGUUAUGGACCGGGCACUCCGUUCAAAAUGUCCUGCUCUCCCAACACGGGGACUGUCCCCCCCUACUCCUCCUCUCCCAAUCCUUACCAGGCUGCCGUGUACCCAGUCAGGAGCAGCUACCCUCAACAGAACCCCUACGCACAGGCGCUAAUACCGUCACAGCAGCAGGGCCCCUACUACACACAGCCGCUGUAUGCCGCACCGCCUCAUGUUAUCCAUCACACGACAGUGGUCCAGCCCAACGGGAUGCCUGCAGCCAUGUACGCCCCGCAGAUCCCCUCUGCCCGCCCCAACGGCGUUGCCAUGGGGAUGGUGGCCGGGACGAGCAUGGCCAUGACGGCUGGAACUUUAUUGACAUCUCCGUCACCAGCGUCUGUUGCCCAGCACCAGGUCACGAUGCCCACAUACCGGGCCCCCGGCACCCCCAGCUACAGCUACGUGCCCCCGCAGUGGUGAAGAGCCCUGACGCGUCAGACGGUGGUAGAUAUGCAUUCACACUCUACUCCAGUGUUUUUUGCUCUUGGUGACGGCCUGCCCCGGCAGCGUCUGCAAACGAUUACUCUUCUUCCAGCAUAAUGUGAAUCUAAAACCCAACUACGUAGAAAGAGGCCCGUUUGGAUAGGGAGGGGGGGAUGAAGAAUAGCCCCAUCCCCGUUGACCCCAUCCACACGACACCCCCUCCUCAGCGCCAGCACCUCCACAGCCUGCUGCAUAUCUCACAUCAAACUGCACAGCCUUCAUGCAAAAUCUUUUGUGGACUGUCAUGCAGGUUUUUAUAGCUAAAAGCUCUGACGUGGUGAAAAGGGAGUCCUGAUUUGAUUUUGUUUGUUUCUUUUUUUUUUUUCUUAAUUUAGGGGAUACAUAUGGUGUUGAAUGCAUGUGUGUAUAUAUAGCUAUAUGAAGUAAUGCUAGCUCAAUCUACCUGCUGUGACAGAUGCAAGGUGAAGAAAAAGGCACACGUCCAAAGGAACAAAUAAAAGAAAAAAGUAAUAAUCUGCAAUGCUGAUCACCAGUGACCAUGACAUAAAUGUUGUUCAUGCAAAAACAAACCUGCGUAUUCAAGCUCAGACCAAACUGUAUCAUCUCCACUGCUUUGUGUUUAGGUAAGUGAUGUUCUCAUUGUUUCUUCGAGUGAUGCAGCGUAAUGCGUCACAUCUCACCAUUUUUUGUAUUUUUAGGGGGGAAAAAAAACACAAGGAAAAGAAAAAAACAUGGGACUUUGAGUUUGUGCCUCUGACUGAAGGCCUUUCCUCCUCUUUAACAGUUCAGUUUAAAUGAGUGUUUUCAUUUUGUUCCUGCCUUCCUUUUCACGCAUUUUAGAAAAUAAGAGUCCUUCGUUUCGGGGUGAUUAUCAAAACUGUCUUCACAUUUUAGCCAGAAGUGUUCUUGAUGGAGAAGAUCAUUCGCAUCCAUUCGUAGAAGGUGGAUGAGCAGGAACAGUGUUGUGCGUGUGUAUGAAAGUGUCUUUAAAAUAGGAACCAUUUAAAGGAAAAUAAAACAAGGUGCCAUAAAGUGCGACACGUUUAGAAAAUUUAGACCAACAUGUCACUAUAGUCGGACCGUUCUCUGGUAGCUCUGAUGCACUACAUCGUUAAGUCACUGCUAACUGUGGAUAUGUUAGAACAACAAGAUAACUUUAAGCUCCAAUUGUGAAUAGCACUACUGAAUGAAGGCACUAUGUCAAAAAUGUUGAAAAUAUUUUACCUUUUGACAUUGCUCGCUGUCUUACCUCAAGGCUAACCCACCAAUAUCACUGUUUCAGACAUGCUUUUCUAUGUUGCCUCAGUCACCUCAGUUAAAUAAUCUGUUUUGUAAAUGUUAUUUUUGUGAUUUUGGUUCAUGUUUUGUACUCUAAAGAAAGACCAAAAAUAAAAACAACUAUAAGAACAUUCA